UAUUCUUUCAUUAUUACAGGUUGUUGCACACCUCAUUGAGGGUUGAAGAGUGACCACAGCUGAGGACCACUGAUAAACUCCAUCAACAAAGCAAGACGAGCUGCUAGGGGAAUGGCCGACUACUCCAUACGGAAAUACAACAAUGGGGAUUACCACGCCGUACGUAGACUGUUUGCCCGAGGCAUGUUAGAUUACAUUCCUGGCGCGACCUCCUAUAUCUUGAAGCGCCCACAAGUCUACUGCACCAUCUUGGCUUCAUCCAUCACACUGCACUUGUACUAUCGCUCCUACGUCCUUUCUUUCUUCAGCGUUGGGACGUUCCUGGCUGCAAUCCAUGGCCUUUUAAAUUUGGCGGUCCACCUGUUCAUAAAGAAGGUUCACAGCGGAGAUUUACUAAACAUCGAAGAGUCUUAUAUUCAGAGACCCAACUCUUUCUUCUGGGUGGCCGUGUCCGGUGGUCGGAUUGUAGGGAUGGUGGGUGUCCAGCCCGAUCCAAACUCCAACAGCGACAUGAUAUUGCGACGCUUGUCCGUGGCUAAAGACCAGCAACGCCGGGGGAUCGCCAGGGCCCUGUGCAGGAAGGUCUUCGACUUUGCUCGCCAGCGGGGCUACCAACGCGUCACCCUAGAUACAUCGACCAUGCAAGUCAAUGCUCAUAAACUGUAUCAACGCUUGGGGUUCAAGACAACAAAAGUCAUUCCCAGCAGAAGUCGACUAGGAAGGUUUGCAAAUAUGACUGUGGUGUACUACAGCUACGAUGUCUAGGAUGUGGUAAUGCAAGAGAGGGAUGGAGGACGUGAGGACGUGACCGAAGAUGGAAUAUGAACCAAAAGAACACUCCAAAUAGGAUACAUUUUUGAAGUAUGAUAAUACAUUGUGAUUAGAUAGAUAGAUAGAUAGAUAGAUAGAUAGAUAGAUAGAUAGAUA